GGGGGAACUCUUGAGUUGAAAGUCCAGCAGGUGGAAGAACCAGGUCUGGGACUCCUGUGUUCCUCCAGUGUCUGGACACAUGGCCAGCACUGGCGGGGCCCUCAGGGUCCGGGGGAGCUUGGUGAUACUGAUUCUGUGCAGCUGGACAGGGUCCAAGGCAGCCGCCCCCAACCCAGUGAGAAACCUGAGAGUGGACGCUCGAAGCAACAGCUCCCUCACCCUGCACUGGGAGGUCCCCCAGGGCCCGGACUCCCAGAGCCUCACCUACUGGGUCCAGUGCACUGGAGAUGGUGGCAGAAACGAGACCCAAAACACGACAGACACCAGCGUCACAGUGCAAGGACUUGAUGCCGCGUCCCGGUACACACUCUCAGUGUGGGCCGAGAAGGACGGAGCGUCUGGCUCCAGGGAGGUCCUCAACGCAACCACAGCCCCCAACCCAGUGAGAAACCUGAGAGUGGACGCUCGAAGCAACAGCUCCCUCACCCUGCACUGGGAGGUCCCCCAGGGCCCGGACUCCCAGAGCCUCACCUACUGGGUCCAGUGCACUGGAGAUGGUGGCAGAAACGAGACCCAAAACACGACAGACACCAGCGUCACAGUGCACGGACUUGAUGCCGCGUCCCGGUACACACUCUCAGUGUGGGCCGAGAAGGACGGAGCGUCCGGCUCCCAGGUGACCCUCAAUACUGCCACAGCCCCCAACCCAGUGAGAAACCUGAGAGUGGACGCUCAAAGCAACAGCUCCCUCACCCUGCACUGGGAGGUCCCCCAGGGCCCGGACUCCCAGAGCCUCACCUACUGGGUCCAGUGCACUGGAGAUGGUGGCAGAAACGAGACCCAAAACACGACAGACACCAGUGUCACAGUGCAAGGACUUGACGCGGCGUCCCGGUACACACUCUCAGUGUGGGCUGAGAAGGACGGAGCGUCUGGCUCCAGGGAGGUCCUCAACGCAACCACAGCCCCCAACCCAGUGAGAAACCUGAGAGUGGACGCUCGAAGCAACAGCUCCCUCACCCUGCACUGGGAGGUCCCCCAGGGCCCGGACUCCCAGAGCCUCACCUACUGGGUCCAGUGCACUGGAGAUGGUGGCAGAAACGAGACCCAAAACACGACAGACACCAGCGUCACAGUGCACGGACUUGAUGCCGCGUCCCGGUACACACUCUCAGUGUGGGCCGAGAAGGACGGAGCGUCCGGCUCCAGGGAGGCCCUCAAUACUGCCACAGCCCCCAACCCAGUGAGAAACCUGAGAGUGGACGCUCAAAGCAACAGCUCCCUCACCCUGCACUGGGAGGUCCCCCAGGGCCCGGACUCCCAGAGCCUCACCUACUGGGUCCAGUGCACUGGAGAUGGUGGCAGAAACGAGACCCAAAACACGACAGACACCAGCGUCACAGUGCACGGACUUGACGCGGCGUCCCAGUACACACUCUCAGUGUGGGCCGAGAAGGACCGAGCGUCCGGCUCCAGGGAGGCCCUCAAUACUGCCACAGCCCCUAACCCAAUUCGAAGCCUGUCUUUGGAGGGUCAGACCAACAGCUCCAUCACCCUGAGCUGGGAGGCCCCCAGUGGCCCCGAGCUUCAGGACUAUACAUACUGGGUGCAGUGCACUGGAGAUAGUGACAAGAAUGAGACCCAAUACACGACAAGCACCAGUGUCACGGCUGAGGCACUGGAACCUGGAACCUUGUACCAGUUCUCCGUGUGGGCAGAAAAGAAUGGAGUACCCAGCUCCAGGCAGAAUCUCAGGAUGGCCACAGUCCCUAAUGCUGUGGCAAGUCUCGGAAAACAGGAUCAGACCAACAACUCCAUCACCUUGAGCUGGACAGCUCCUGUGGGCCCCACUCAUCCCCCGUACACCUACUGCGUCUCAUGGGUCAAGACGGGCAGUACUGCUGCGUCCCGCAACACCUCUGAUACCAGAAUCACACUGACCGCGCUGGAAGCUGGGAGCCUGUACCACGUCACCGUGUGGGCUGACAGGAAUGAAGUCAGAGGUUAUGCCAGUACCCUCAUGGAGGCCACUGCCCCAGACCCUGUCACCAUCACCUCCUGCGUCAGCACCUCUGGGGGGUAUGGGGUCAUCCUGACCUGGUCCUGCCCCUCCGGGGGCUAUGAGGCCUUUGAAUGGGAGGUGGGCGGGCAGCGUGGCUCCCAGGAUGGAUCUUCAUGUGGCAAGGACGUGUCUGUGCUCGGUCUUGGGCCGGCUCAGUCCUACCCGGCCACCGUCACAACUAUCUCAAAUGGAAUGAGGGCAUCGUCUGUCCCCGAGACCUGCAGCACCGAGAGCGCAGGGGUCAUUGCUGGAGCCAUUGUGGGUGUCCUCCUGUUUCUCAUCCUGGUGGGCCUGCUGAUCUUUUUCCUGAAGAAGAGGAAUAAGAAGCACCAGGAGAAGGCAGUGCCCAGGGAUCUGGUGUUCGGAUUUCCAGAGGAUAUCCUGGCUCAAGACUUUGCUGAUCAUGUUAGGAGAAACGAGAAGGACAGCAACUGUGGGUUUGCAGAGGAGUACCAGCAACUGGCCCUGGAAGGUCAUGGCCAGUCUCAGAUGGUGGCUUUAGCUCCUGAGAACAAGGCCAAGAACCGCUACAGAAAUGUGCUGCCCUAUGACUGGUCCCGGGUGCCCCUGGAACUCAUCCAUGAAGAACCAGGCUCUGACUACAUCAAUGCCAGCUUCAUGCCUGGACUCUGGAGCCCCAGGGAGUUCAUUGCAGCCCAGGGCCCUCUGCCCCAAACUGUGGGUGACUUCUGGCGCAUGGUGUGGGAACAACAGAGCCACACCCUGGUUAUGCUGACCAACUGCAUGGAGUCUGGCCGGGUGAAGUGUGAGCAUUACUGGCCUCUGGAUGCUCAACCCUGUACUCAUGGGGACCUGCAGGUGGCUCUGGUGGGUGAGGAGGUGAUGGAGAACUGGACCGUCAGGGAUCUGCAGCUGCUGCAUAUGGAGGAGCGGAAGACCCUCUCUGUGCGUCAGUUCCACUACCUGGCCUGGCCGGACCACGGUGUCCCCCAACCAGACCCCUUGCUGGCUUUCUGGAAGGUGCUCCGGCAGUGGCUGGACCAGACCUCGGAGGGAGGCCCCCCCAUUGUGCACUGCAGUGCUGGCGUGGGUCGCACAGGCACCCUCAUCGCUCUUGAUGUCCUGCUUCGGCAGUUGGAGUGCGAGGGUCUCUUGGGGCCCUUCAGCUUCGUGAGGAAGAUGAGAGAGAGCCGGCCAUUGAUGGUGCAGACCGAGGCCCAGUACGUAUUCCUGCACCAAUGCAUCCUGCGGUUCCUCCAGCAGUCGGCCUCGGCCCCAGCCCAGCCGGAGGCCACCUACGAGAACGUGGCAAGUCUCAUCUAUGAGAAUGUGGCUGCCAUCCAGGCCCAGGAGCUGGAAGUUUAAGUCACACAGGCAGCUGGUCCUGCAGCCCAGCAAGACUCAGAUCUGAAUCCCCACUGCAGCCAGAUUCCUGGACCCUGGGGAGACAGCGGGCUGUGACCCGGGACUCCCAAGCCCUGCUGGAGGAGUGCCCUGGGAAGCCACAGUCCUGUUUCAAAGAGGAGAGGGGUUAUGGGUCUUCAACUCACAGAUCCGGUGGGAGCCAGGACCUGGAUUCCUGGCCCUUGCAGGAGGAGAGAGGUGGUAGAGGAUUUCCUAGUGUUUCGUUGCAUUUUUUUUUUUUUUUUGGUACUAGGGAUGGAACCCAAGGCCUUAGGCAUGCUAAGUGCUUUACCACUGAGCUACAUCCCAGCACUUUUUAUUUUAUUUUAAGACAGGGUCUAACUAUAUUGCCCAGGCUAGUCUGAACUUGCCAUCCUCUUGCCUCAUCCUCCGGGUGGCGGGGAUACAGGUGUGUGUCUCCAGCCAGGUUUAGAUUUCCUAGUUCUUUAAGGGAGGAGGAGGCUGUGGCCAUGAGUGCAGGCUUUCAAGGAACCUGGCUGGAACCUGGAUUCUAAGUGUGGACUUCUGGUGACCUGAGGAGCAAGGGCAGGCAGGAUCCUGCCCUUCGUUUACCUCAGAAGCCAGCUGGGUCUUUGUGACCAGAGGCCACAGGGCUCCCUCUGUCUGGGCGUCUGGGCACCCCAGGCUCUGCACACACUCCCUUCUAUCCCAGGCCUUAUUAAACAAUGUUCUCCCCAGA